AUGGAAUCUAGCUUCAAGAUGGACUGCUGUAGACAUAAGUUAUUGGGGAAUAAGCUAUGUAUAUUAGAAGUUGCUUCUGAUAAAAUUAUUAUCACCAACAUUUCAGACUUGCCUCAUAAGAGAAAUGAAUUAGACUUAAAUUACAAUUUGUUUAUUGAUUUUAAAGUUAAGAACAAGCAACUUUAAGCUAUAGGAUUGACAACAAACAAGCAUCACUGGUAUUAUGCAGAUAAUUAAAAUUUAAUCAACUUAAAAUAAAUUUUAGGUGCAAGAGUGGUGUUUAAAGGUGUAAACACAUUAUAUAAUCCGUUAUAAUAAAUUGGAUAAGGAACUUUCUCAAAUGUUUAUUUAUUGCAAAGCAAAAUAAAGAGCCUAGAAUAUUUUGCUUGUAAAUGUUUAGAUAAAGCCUAAGUAGAUGCUUAGAUUGGAAGAGUAAAUAUUAGUGUUAUCUUAUUAGUAAGGUUUGUUUGAAGAAAUUUAGGCGAUGAUUUCUUUGAAGCAUUAAAAUAUUGCAGAGCUUUUAGAAGUUUUUGAAGGAGAUGUAUCUUAUUAUAUGGUCAUGCAAUAUUAUGAUCUUGAAUUUACUGAUGUGCUAAAAGAACUGAAUCAUGAAGACAUCCCUAUCAUAUUUAAAUAGUUAGUUGCAGCUGUAAAUUUUAUGCAUGAAAAAGGUUACAUGCAUAGAGAUUUAAAACCUGAAAAUAUUAUGUUUAGUGAUAGUAUAUACUAAUUGAAACUCAUUGACUUUGGUUUGACCACAAAAGAUUCAGGCAAAUCAAAAUGCGGGACUCCUGGGUACAUUGCUCCUGAAAUUCUGAACCUUGAUACUAGGAUAAAUGAAUACAAUGAGAAAUGCGACAUUUUUUCAUUAGGAGUUAUAUUUUAUAAGAUGUAAAACUAAUUAUAAUUAUAAAAAGGUUGACUUAGAAUGAUUUGUUUUAAGGAUCAAAUCAUGAUGAGGUUUUGGAAAAUAAUGCUAAAUGCAAUAUAAAUUUAGAUUUACUGACUGCAAACCCUAAGAUUCCAAAGUAAGCCUUAAACCUAUUGACAUUGAUGCUGCAAAUUGAUCCUACACAAAGGAUUGAUACUAAUUAAAUUUUGCAGCAUAAAUAUUUUGCAGCCGAAGAAAUAACAUCUAAUAAUACUUUGAAUAGUGCGAAUCAACUCUCUAGAAAACAUUCAUCUGUUAUAAAGAUAUUGUCUCCAUUACAAAAGAAGAACUUCCUGUUUAGCUCUCCUUUUUCCUUCCAUGAUGAUGAAUGCAUUGAAAAAGAGGCUUCUAUGCAACCUAUUCCAGUAAUGAUAAUGAAAGGAGGUUCAGUGCAAGAUAUAGUUAAAUCUAAGAAUUCAGGCAAAAACAGAAAACUCAAUAAAGAAGUUACGAAGAAGUAUCAGACAACUGAUUUCGAGGAUGCUCUCGCAGAAAUGAAUCAAAAUAAUUAUAGGCCUCCAAAACCUAGUUAAUUGUAAGAAAUGUAUAAUGAAUGA